AAGAAAAUCAGAUCUAGAGAGCUGGAGUGCCAAAUGAUGUAGACUGAUUUCGUGGAUGUGAGUGUGAAACUCGCCCAGGAGAUGUAUCAUGCCGUCAGAGUUGGAUCCGACUAAUUCUUUCUUAUGCUGGUUAUAGGGAUUUGACUCCAGCUCUCAAGAUCUGAUUGCUUUGAUUCUGCUGUGAUGCAUGAAUCAGAAUCCACAGAACUCAUAUUCGUACUACGCCAGAGCAGUGUACCACCACAGCUCUCAGUUCCAGCUUUCCAGAUCUUCUGUUCUGUAUAAUCAGUGCGUGGAGACUUCAAUCUCCUAGAUUCAAAAUCUUAUCCGUCUGAAUUCGAUUUUAUGCGUAUAUCAAUGCACUCUGAGUCCGAACUUCGUUGUACGCCAGAGAGGAAGUCCUGUCCGUUGUUCGGCAUCCACAGAAUUAUAGAGGUUGAUGUCCAACUCAACGAGAAAAUGCAAACACGGCUUCUGGAUCCUGUGAUCAAGAAAAGUCCAAGACAUGCACCACUUACGUCAAGCUUCUCCUCCAAUGACGAUCAAUCUUUGAGUUAAACCGGGCCACAAGGUUGACCAGAGCUGUGCAAGCGUAGAAGAUUUCACUUUAUUAUUAGAUUGCCCAGCGGAGACGUCGUGGAAGCUUGGACACCUUGAGGACCCGCAACAUGCAGAAGAUACGUGUAAGACAUGCUCUCAAAUCUAAUUGAUAUUCCUGUCACGUGCGAAUGGAUGCUAUCUGGCCCGCCAUAGCACUGAACGUCAUCUUUAGCUGCCUUGACACGAUCAUCUCUGCUUCUAUAAGUUUGAUUCAAAUCCCAAUAGGAAUCACGUGAGAGUCUCGAAAAUUAAGUGCAUGAUGUCAACAGUUGACAAUUGUACAAGCCCUAGUUUCGAGAGUUAGACAACUCGACUAUGAGAUCAAUGCCAAUGAAUGAGCCGACUGCUGUUACAGUGACAAGCAGAUAUGAACUUUAAAGGGCAUCUCGCUCCCUCAAAUCGUCGGCAACUUUCUCUGUCAUAUUCUCCCUUUCUUGCCACUAUUGGGCUGUUGCAGACCAACCUACUGUAAUAUUUCUGUUCGAGUGGUUUCACGUGCAGCAAUAUUUGGCUAAUUGACAUUGACAAACGGGUUCAGUUGCUGGGAGCUGCCACAUGGAUGGCUUACCAACAUAAAACAAAUUGUUUCGAAAACUGAAGUUUUAUUUGCCCUGUAAUCCGCAAUGGGGACUUCACUGGCUUCAACACACUAUUUGCUUAGAUGGCUCUCGGAAAGUGAUGACUGCAUAACAUAGCCGUGCUUCAAGCGUC